GGUCUUUUAGUAAGGAUCCCAUCCAAUAAGCCGCGAUCUCGUGCAGCCUACAGCAGCAGCCCACCGAAAGUCACAAUAAAGGAUAUUUCAUCCUUCAGCACACCUUAACUCAAUAAACACCAACAAUGCCGGGACUUUCGGAUCCAGUUGCGUUCCUCAAGGAUUUUGCCGCCGGUGGCAUCUCGGCCGCAAUCUCCAAGACGGCUGUCGCCCCGAUCGAGCGCGUCAAGCUGCUGCUACAGGUUCAGCACAUCUCGAAGCAGAUCGCCGAGGCCGACCGCUACAAGGGCAUGGUCGAUUGUUUCGUGCGUAUCCCGCGCGAACAGGGCUUCAGUGCCUUCUGGCGCGGUAAUCUGGCCAACGUCAUCCGUUACUUCCCGACGCAGGCCCUCAACUUCGCCUUCAAGGACAAGUACAAGCAGGUGUUCCUGGGCGGUGUGGACAAGAACACCCAGUUCAUGCGCUACUUCGUCGGUAACCUCGCCUCCGGCGGUAUGGCCGGCGCCACCUCGCUGUGCUUCGUCUACCCGCUCGACUUCGCCCGUACCCGUUUGGCUGCCGAUGUCGGCAAGGGUAAUGAGGCGCGUGAGUUCAAGGGUCUGGGCGAUUGUCUGGGAAAGAUCUUCAAGACUGACGGUUUGGUCGGUCUGUACCGAGGAUUCGGUGUAUCCGUCCAGGGUAUCAUCAUCUACCGUGCUGCCUACUUCGGCUUCUACGACACUGCCCGUGGUAUGCUGCCGAACCCGAAAACUACACCAUUCUACGUCAGCUGGGCCAUCGCACAGGUCGUGACCACCGUUGCCGGUAUCGUGUCCUAUCCCUUCGAUACCGUCCGUCGUCGCAUGAUGAUGCAGUCUGGUCGUGCCAAGUCCGAGAUCGUCUACAAGAGCACGCUCCACUGUUGGGCAACGAUCGCCAAGCAGGAAGGUAGCGGUGCCUUCUUCAAGGGUGCCUUCUCGAACGUGCUGCGUGGUACUGGCGGUGCAUUCGUGCUGGUGUUGUACGAUGAAAUCAAGAAACUCCUGUAAACCCUUCCACCCUUCCUACUAGCCUUACCCUCUCCUGUACCACCCACAAAAUCCUUUCCCUCGUUCCUAAUCCCUAUCCCGCUGUAAUCCCAUUCCAUUCCAUACCAAACUGCGCACCGCACAGUGUCCUAAUUCCAACGAAGAAAAAACGAACACAACCGUUACCAAAAAAAACGCCAAACGACUCGGAACUUGGUGUUCGGAUAAGCCUUUUUUUGUAAAAAAGCUCGAUAUACAUUGCGCUCACACUGUAAGCUGUAACCGGCUGUAACGGACCGGUGUUUACGCGUCUUCCAUCCAACCGACAAGUAAAGUGUUUUAUCGAGCCCUAGUGCCAUAGA